AUGUUAGCGGAACGCGCUUCUGGUUUUCAAGAUGAAGAGUGUGAGAAAAAUGACAGCAAACGUGAACCAGAGCCGCAGCCUCUCGAACAUGCUGGAGCAGAUAGUAAUCUAGAAGUCUUCAACCACAGUGACCUCAACCUGACUCUUUCACCGCCGAGUGAGAUGACUCGCAUGGAGCUUACUGCGAUUCCAAAACAGCAAUGGUGCACAGAUGUUAACUUGGCCAUGUUGACAGGCGUCGUGUGCAUCGUGUGGAUCGUGGUCGUAUUCCUAACGACUCGAGUUGACAGCACAACACACACACAUGUUCCACCCAGAGCACUGGAACUGCCUUUUAAUACUGUAAGCUACACAGUGCCAAGUGAUGCAUUCCAUCAAACCGACUUGCCGGCUUCAACUCAACUCUCACCCCAAAUUAGCAUGUGUUCUUCGAACCUCUGUGUUCAGGAGGGUAACCGUCUUAGGCAACACAUGAACAGGGAGUACUCCCCGUGCGAUAAUUUUUACCGCUACGUUUGCGAAAAGCAUCCAAUAACUCCUGGCCAACCGUAUGGUGAUGGGGCCUUCACAUCUGUGGACAUACUGUUGGAAGAGUUCUUAGCUUCUGCUUUGCGCGACUACGUCCUCAACGAGCAUCACAGAGACGUCGCUUCACUCAGGGCACUAUACAAUGCAUGCUUAAGGCCGACCAGCAACUCGUUCACUGAUAUACAACAGGAAGUCUUCGACAAGUUGCCCAUCGGAAAGUGGCCGUACAAGAGAAACAACCUACGUACGUCCGAUAUUUGGCAGACAGCGGGAUUGCUCGUUCGCCGGUUUGGCGUUGUCAGCAUUAUCGAAGUUUCCUUUGGUAUAAAACCCGACACGACUAGUCCUUCGAUAGAACUACGCUACCCGCGAUAUCUGCACUUUGACGACUAUUCGCUAGGCGGCGUCGAAACGUUAAGGGACGCCGUUAUCGAGGCAGUGCGAGAACUGGGAAGUUCGGACGACGCGGACAACUUGGUGGCGCAAGUUACGUUCGUGGCAACAACCUUGGCAACAUUGGCGAGCAACGGGACAACGCGGCAAGUAUUGUACAUAAAAUACGAGGACGUUGUGAUCAGCAUCCGUACAUUUAUCCAGUCGCUGUUCGAGGACGAGCUGGCAGGAGACGUUAUUGUGACGCUGAGGGAGCCGCGUUUGCUUACCGAGCAGUUGCAAGCUGUAAUAUCGGCUGCGAACGUUGUGGCUUUCAUGAACUACCUCGGCUUCCGCCUCAUCGUAUGCUUCGCCGCGCUGUUUAACUGGAACCGCGCAGCUAGUCUUCGAAGCGUUCUCAGCGCGGAAAUCGCCGCUAGGGUUUUAUCCCCGGAAAAGAAUUGGCUUUUGUGUCUUCGAUUCUUGGAGAGAACGCAGCCGUCGUGCCUCGGCCAAGCUCUGGCAAUGCAGCAGGCAUCCGCAGGAAUCUCUGCGAGCAGUCGCUUCUGGCUAGCCCAGUUGGAGGAUCUGUUCUACAGAAACCUGCCACAUGUCGCUUGGUUGACUGGCAAAAGCCUAAAGCUGCUUGGCGACAAGCUAGAAAGGCUGUACAUUAUACACGCCAUUGAUAAGUCUUCGUGGAAUCUGUGCACGCUACGACCACGCUAUGCUUCCGACAAAGGGAGCACUUUGCGGAUGUUCAUUCGCGCCGCGGGAGAGUACCAACGUGAACGCCUUCGCCGAGUGAACAAACCAUCUAGACAUUCCGACCCCGAGAAUGUAUUUGGAACGCAGAGCAGGUACAGUGAUGCACUUCAGGCUGUGUACGUUCCAGUCGGCCUUGUUAACAGCUCUGCGGUCGCAAAUGGGCAGCUUCUCGCCUUCCAAGCAGCGCGUACGGCAGUUCGUUUCUACGCGGGACUGCUGCCUGUCACGUACGAGCACUGGGACAGCAACCUGCCGAACGCGGAUGCUCAGUGGAGUCUGAGUCCUUCGUCACGUAACAGCCUGGACCAGCUCCUCGACUGCCUCGCUUCAGACUACCAGGCGCUGUCGAGUUCGUCGUUCUCAUCUUUGGUUUCGGUGAACCGAGAGAGUGUAGAUGAACGCUAUUCGCUGUUGGCACAGACCACGGCACUGGCUCUCGCUUACGCCGCUUUUGAGGAGCUGUUGCGUGGCGAGCAGAACCAGCGACUGGACUUCAGGCUGGAGACUUUGAGCGACGUUUCUUCCGAGCAGUUGUUUUUCGUGUACUACGCGCUGGACAACUGUGAGACCACUGACGAGGCCUACCGGGUGACACAGUUCCAGACUCGUGGACGCUUACCUGCCGUGCACCGCGUAAACUUCCCCCUGCGACACGUGCCUCAAUUCGGCCGGGCUUUCCGAUGCAGUGACUCGGAUGCCACUGCGACGACGGAGCGACAACGACCGCGACGCUGCGAUGUGAUGCGUUGGAACUCAACUGAGCCAUCGAGUUCAAUGCAGUGGUACAGACGGAUCACCCAGGUCCGGGCUAAGUCCUUCGCAAAUCGCAGGAGCUCGAGAGCGACGGCUGACGUCAGGAGUGGAGGCGCGCCUAUGCGCUCUUUUCCCGAGGGUUCUUGGGUGAUUGCGGGACGCGAUGCCGGCUACUGA